AUGACGAUGUCUUCUCCAACCAUGAUGGUGACUCCCUCGUCUGUAGACGUUCCUGUGAAUAUCCCUGCAGUGACCAAGCGAACAGGUCCGCAACACGAGAUUUCGGAGCGAUCCGCGUUUGCUGGUACUAUCACUACAGACGCGGAAAGUCUCUCCUUAUCCAGCGUAGGAUCCGAAUCGGAGAUGCAUCAUAUGGAUCGAUUGGGUGAGGGUCCGGAAGGAGCUGAAGCAACGGAAGCCAUUCAAGCAAGCACCAGUGAACUGGAAGUACCUGAUACAGCUUGUCCCUCUUCCAGCGGUGGUUCUUCCUCUCCCCCCACGCUUCCCACCUCUCCCACUCUGCCAUUGUCUUUGCCAUGUUCAAUUCUCAAGUGCCGCAACAGCGAUCGUGCUUCCAUUAAGGACACCAAACGCGCGUGGAAGUGCUUACCCAAGCCUGACUUGGAUAUCAUUAUUGGAAAUGCCUCUUCUUCCACAACUGAGAGUUCCAAUACAGCCAAUACAGCGAGUACAGCGUUGAACGAUGACUCUCCUCGCAAGGGUUUGGAAUGGGGAGUCGUUCAGAUUCGAAACUAUGCCCAAACGAUUGGUGAUAAUCCAUCGGUAUCGUAUGGAACACCAAUUCAGCUGGACUGGGACUACGAAGAGAACGAUGCCGUUCAACUGUUGGAAUACGAAACGAAUAGGGGCACAAGGCGUACGCUCAGACAAAUGGUCUUGAGCUACUAUCAUCGCAAGAAUGUACUUUCGUGGCAGUACGGACACACGGAGGCUGACAUUAAGGCUGCAAAGAAGGAGGCUAGCCGAACCAAGUUUAAGCGAGAAAUUACUUGCGGGCUCUUGAUGGCAAUGCCCGUGGAAGCUGCCGUGGAGAGUGCACGGCGGAAAACCAAACGAUACUUUCACAAGAAGGAAAACAAACAGGGAUAA